AUGGCUUUUAUGGGAUUUCCCAUCGAGAUCAGGGAACCCAUUCUGGAGCUGGCGCUCCUCGUCGACACUACGGAGCCGCCUAACGACGCCAUAAACCUGACACGGGAACUGAGGAAGGUGCCGCUUGAAGACGACGCCACAACCGGCAAGGGCGGUUCAACAAUCACAGCAGGGGAAUAUACCCUCUUGGAAAAGACAAGCGGAUGGGGUGGUUCUGCUUCCCUGCCUGUGUUCUACAGGCCAGGCACGUGCAGGGACACAGCGCUUCAACUUUUGCUGGUGAGCCGACAGAUUCAUGAUGAAACGAAGAGAAUUCUGGACAGAGAAGCAGAUCACUCCUCGUGGAAGGCAGACGUGAUGUUCAUCAAGUAUGUCGGUUUGUGGACGACUUGGCUGUCCGCUUCUCGUUUCUUGAGUCAUGUCGACACUGUGCACGCCCAAUUUCGAUCAUUCAAUACUCCAGAGACUCUCGACCCGGCUUUCUUCAGGGACUACCUGUGGCGAGGAGGCUGCGGAGGGCCGCCUGUCGGUGUGUGGGGCUUCUAUGAUCUCCUGAUGGGCUUUCUCGAAGGGAUUAUCGGACCUUUCCCUCGAAGGAGGGAAAUCGACGGCCCAGAAAGCCACGGAGACCAGCAAAGGAAUGACGCCCGCGGGAUCACUGUCGGACGGCUUGUUCUUGACUUUCUCUCGUCUACGGAAGAGAACAUACUGCCUCUCAACUCCAACCCACCGGGAUUCUCACAAAUCAUUUCUACGCGGUAUCUAGAUCCUGCGCUACCAGAGCAGAAACUGGCAGCCCUCGCUCUUGCGAGAUUCUGCGCCAGUCACUUGGGAAUCCUUAUGCGACCACUUCUGGAGGAUGUCGAUUUGAGCGAAGGGUUGUUUGAACGGGUCGGAGAGAUAUUGAUUCAAGUCGAUGGGGAGCCAUAUGAGCAUUUCGACCUCUCAGAGAUCCUCGUGGAACUGUCAUGGAGAAAAGAGGAGCAAUGGGAACCCGGUUACUACAGGCUGGCACUUGUCGAUGGUGCGUUUAAAUGGAAGGAAGAAGUUAUCGAGAGGCGGCGGCGCGCGGGAUCCAAAGUCGCCGGGCAGCUUGACUGA